AUGACUACUUAUAAUGAUAAUACAAACAAACAUCAAAUAAAUAUCACGAAAUUAACUAAGGAUGAGUUGUAUUUUACAUUAUAUAAUAGUAACUCUGGAAUAGCUAAUGCAUUAAGAAGAAUAAUGUUAUCAGAAAUUCCAACAUUAGCUAUAGAUGUAGUAAAUGUAUAUGAAAAUACAAGUGCCUUUCAUGAUGAAUUUAUUGCUCAUAGAUUAGGUUUAAUACCAAUAGAUAGUCGUAAUGUAAAUAAUUAUGAAUUUCGUGAAAAAUGUAAAUGUAAAGAAACAUGUUCAAAAUGUACUAUUCAAUAUAUUAUUGAAGUAAAAUGUAAUCAUUCUAAUAAAAUUGAUGUAUCACAUUAUGAUAUUGAAUCAUUAGAACAUGAGCCUAAUGUACCCAUGCCCAUACCACAUGGGAAUAAAAACUCUGUAAGUGAAAAUGCCAUACCUAUUGUUACUUUAUCAAAAAACCAAACAUUACAUAUGAAACUUAUAGCUACAAAAGGUAUAGGUAAAAUGCAUGCAAAAUGGAUUCCAGCUAAUGUAUCUUAUCGUAUAGAUCAUAAAGUUCUUAUUAAACAUAAUUUAAUAGAUAAAUUAUCAAAUGAACAUAAACUAUUAUUAGCUAAUAAUCUAAAUAAGGAUUGCUAUAUAUUAAAUAAAGAUACACAUGAUGAUGAUAAUAAUAAUAAUAAUAAUAUACAAUUAAAAUUAAAAGAAAAUAUGUCUGUUGUUAUGGCAGAAAGUUCAAUUGAUCUUUUAUCUGAAUUAGGAUACAAAGAUAUUAUAAAAAUUGUUUAUGAUGAAACCAUGUUUCAUUUUCAUGUUGAAUCUGUUGGAUCCAUUCCUCCUGAACAAAUUGUACAAAUGGCAAUUGAUAUAUUAGAAAAUAAAUUAAAGGUUCUAGAACCCCAAAUUAAAUCAUCUUUCUAUUCUAUAGAUGAGGUAGCAAAACAAUUAAAAGAACAAGGAGUUUCCUUAUACGGUAUACAACUAGACUUGGAAUAA